CGCACAAAAAACGCGGCGCGUUGACAAUGAGGUUAAAGUCAAAACGGCAAUCAACAAAUCAAAGGCUUACAACACAUGUUGCCAUCAUUUGGGUGAUUUGUCUGCUCACAAAGGCCACCACAUCUAUGGGCUAUGUGGCACAUCUUUGGGGCGAAACGCAACAAAGAGUCGCUAGGCAAUUGUCAGACCAGGGUGUAAAGCAUAGCGAUCCUGGUGGCUAUCAUAGGCCCCACUUUGCUGCUGGUCGUGCGGUGAUGGUGCAGCUAUUCGAGUGGAAAUUUGUGGACAUAGCCGAGGAGUGCCGUUCGUUUUUGGGACCCCAAGGAUAUGCUGGAGUGCAACUGUCGCCCGUUCUGGAGCACACAGUAAUUAAGACGGACAGCCUUAGUCACCCAUGGUGGCAGCGCUAUGAGACCAUCUCCUACCGCCUUGCCUCACGCUCCGGUGACGAAACGGACUUUUGGUCCAUGAGCCGCAUUUGCAAUGAUCAUGGUGUGCGUAUUUAUGUUGAUGUGGUGUUGAAUCACAUGGCCGCUCCUUUGCACUUGCUAGUGAAUGGCAGCCAGCAAGAUUCCAUAGUGGACACAUUACUGGCGUCGAAUGUGAACAUUUCCAAUUUAAAUUAUGCCGAAGUGCCGUACACGGCUCUGGAUUUCCAUCGCAAGUGUGAAAUUGGCAAGAGUGUUGCCUCGAGCGAUUCGCAUGAAAUGCGUAAUUGUCAGCUAAACGGACAUCCCGAUUUGGAUCAUUCCCGUGCGGCAGUGCGACUGUCCAUUGCGAAGAUGCUGAAUAAAUUUAUUGAUAUGGGUGUGGCAGGAUUUCGCAUUGAUACGGCCAAACACAUUUGGCCAAUUGAUUUGAAGCUUAUCUAUGCUCAACUAAAGGAUCUCAACAAGGAAUUCAAUUUUGAGGAUAAAGCAAGGCCAUUCAUGUAUCAUGACGUUUUUGAUAUUGGUCUGGAUUUAAUAUCAAAAACUGAGUACUCCACCUAUGGUGUGGUCAGCGAAUAUUUGUAUGCCGCCGAGUUGGCUACCAUUUUAAAUGGCAAAGUACCCCUGAGUUCAUUGAUAAAUUGGGGUCCCGCCAUGGGUUUUCUACCGCAUGAAGACGCCUUGAUUUUCAUUGAUUCACAUGACACCCAAAGGGGAUUACCGAGAGAUUUGGGAACAAAUCAUUUGAUCACCCAUAAGCAGAGACAAAAAUACAUAAUGGCCAAUGCUCUGAUGUUGUCGCAUCCUUAUGGUCGCAUUAAAAGGGUAAUGAGUUCGUAUUACUUUCCGGAGAAGGAUAUCGACCAAGGACCUCCUGCAGGGGAAAAUGAUACAGACACCAUAGGCUCUCCUCAAUUCAACGAGGAGGGCCUUUGUACAUACUACUCGGGAUGGGUGUGUGAACAUCGUUGGCCACCUUUGGUGAGAUUGAUGAAAUUGGCCAAUUAUUUUAGUGUACCAGGACAGGAGGAACAAAGUGUCAUACAUUUUCAAACGGAUGGGCCCAAUCAUAUUGCCUUUUGUCGAGGCCAAAAGGCCUUUGUGGCCAUGAACAAUGAUGAAGAGAGAGAUUUUGUUAAGGAAGUUUACACCUGCUUGGAAGAGGGAGUUUAUUGUGAUGUCAUCAGUGGAGGUUUGAAGGAGGAUGGCCAAGAAUGCGAGGGUCUUAGAUUGGAGGUAAAUGCCAAGGGUUAUGCCCAACUAAAGUUGCCGGUGGGGGAGGAACCACAGAAUUUAGAUGAUUUUACUGGUGAAACCAACUUUGGAGUUUUGGUGGUUUAUGUGGGUUCAAAGGUGGGCUUAAAGCAGGAGGAUGUUGAUCAACCUCUAGCUAAUGGUGAGGAUAGUAAAUCCCAAGACAAGGCUACAGAAGAAGGAGAAGUCGAAGAAGGUAAAGGAGAAAAUGCUCAAGAAGGCGAUGAGCAGGAAGUUGAGGCUUCAAAAGAUGUCAAAUCCCCCAGUGAUGCUGAGGAAACAACUGAGCAACAGGCAAGCACAGACGACAAAUCUACGGUGGCGGAAAAUGAGGCAGAUUUUGAAACUGGAAGUGAUGAGGCAGAUGAAGGAACUUUAAACAAAGACCAAGCAAAUGUUGAUGACACGGGAACGAGUGAUGCGGAAGGAGAGACGCAAAAUGUAGAAGAAAACAAAGAAGAGCCUGCUGCAGAUGAACAAGAAGAAGAAGAAGUAUUGGGGGAAGAUAAAGGGGAGAAAGCAGAGAAUUGGAAAACCGAUGAAGAGUCGGAAGAAGAAAAUACAGCCUUAGCGGAGGACAACAAUACAGAUGAGUCAGUAGUGGUUGAGGAAUUAGGAAAGACGGACGAAGGUGCUGAAGAUCCAGAGGUAAAGGAUGAAACAGAAGUGGUUGAAGAAAAGGAAGGGACAGAGGAUGUAGAAAAUCCAAUAGAUACAGAAUUGCCUAAAGAGUCAGAAGCUGCUACAGAGUCAGAAGUGGAAAAAGGCGCAGGAGGAGAGGAAGGGCUAGAAGGUAAUGAGGAGUUAUCUGGAGCCGAUGAGGAAACAGAAAACUUAGUGCCAGAAUUGUCUAAAGACGCAGAAGAAGUUGAACAGCCAAGUGUGAAUAAAGACAAUGACCAAGGAUCAGCAGCAGUAGAAGAGCUAGAGGUGAAUAAGCAAACAGAAGUGGAUGCAGAAACAGAUACUGCUGUUGAAGCAGAAGUGGCACCGGAAGUGGAUGAAAGCACAAAAGAAGAUAAGGGAACAGAAACUGUUGAAGAACAAGAGAAGGACAAAGAAAUGGAAAAAGCUGAUGAUACAGAAGUGGCUAAGGUGUCGAAAGUGGGUGAAGAAACAGAAGUGGCUGGGGAGUCAGAAGAGACUGAAGAAUUAGAAGCGGCUGAAGAGUCAGAAGUCGCUGGAGAGUCAGAAGCGGUUGGAGUUGGGGAAGAAAAUGAAGGACCAGAUGCGGCUGAAAAGGCAGAAGAGGCAGAAGUGGCUGAAAAUUCAGAAGCGGUAGAAGUGGCUGAAAAAUCAGAAGCGGCUGAAGAGCCAGUAGUGGCCGGAGUUGGGGAAGAACAUAAAGUACCAGAUGCAGCUGAAGGAACGGAAAAUGUUGAGGACACAACAGAGUUAGAAGCGACUGAACAGUCUGUAGUGCCCAAAGAAGACAACGGACCAAAUGGAGAAAAAGUUGAAGAUCCAGAAGUUGCGGAAGAAGCAAAAGUUAGUGAAGAGUUAGAUUUAGAACAGGCUGAAAACCCGGAAAUAGUUAAAGAUAAGGAUGCAGCCAAUGAUAAUGGAGAAAUGGGAGCCUCUGAAACUCCUCAAGAGGAAGAAAAGGAAAUCCAGUUGGAUGAAAACAAAACGGAAAUAGAAGCAAAGGAGACGCCCGCAGAAAAAAUCGAUAAGCGACAAGCAGCAGAUAAUGAAGAAACUCUUCAUAACCCUGAGGAACAAAUUGAAAGAUCUGCUGCAGAAACUGCAUCCUCCGCCAAUUCAAUCAAGCAGAAUUCUCAGCAAGCUACAUUUGUAGAAAAUAACAAUAAUAUUGUUGUUAACCUCCCCUCCCCACCAUCAUCGAAUGCUACACAAAUGGAAGCCGAUAAAGUGAUUAAAGCUGAAGUGCCCGGUAUAUUUCCAAUUGCUAAGCAAAGACAAGGAAAUGGAUAG